CCCCACCACAGGAUUUAAAAGUGUGUCUCACAGCCCCAGUCCAGCCCUCUGCAGGCAUUUGCUGCGGGCUCCAGGGCAAGCACUCAUCAGCUGGUGCAUCUGGGCUACAACAGUGAAAAUGUUUAGUGUCAUCGGAGACAAAUACAUGUACAGGGGACCCCAAUAGGCAGGCUGGUGUGUCGGGGGGGCAGGAAGCCAGGAGUAAAGUCUGACAUAGGUGUGUGCACACACAUACGUGUAGCUGGCCACAUGUGUGCAUACUCCAAGGAGAGACUUUAGUUUUGGUUUUUGUUUUGGUUCCUGGGGUGAAUUUUCUACUGAACAUCUUCCCCUCUUAUUUAUUUAUCUUUUCUUUUUUUUUUUUUUUUUGCAUUUUUAAAAUUUUGAAUAUAAAAAGUGUAAGAAUCAAAACUUUGAAAAGACGGAGGCUCAGCGGCAGACGGCAGAUGGAUCCUGUGGCCAGCAGCUGCAUGAGGAGCCCCCACCCCCCAGCCCCAGGCUGGGGCUGCCUUCGAAACCCCCACUCUGAAGGCAGUGGGGCCUCAGGGCUGCCCCAUUACCCGCCAACACCGUUCUCCUUCCACCAGAAACCAGACUUCCCGGCGACAGCGACAGCAGCAUACCCCGACUUCUCGGCCUCCUGCCUGGCAGCCACCCCACACAGCCUUCCCCGGGAGGAGCGCAUCUUCACUGAGCAGCACCCUGCUUUCCCACAGCCCCCCGACUGGAACUUCCCUGUCUCAGAGGCCCGGCGCAGGCUCAACCCGGGCCCAGCUGGAGGCUCCAGGGGCAUGGGGGCCAGCAGCCCAGGCCUGGUGGACACCACGGGAGGCCCGGGCGAGGACUACGAGGUCCUCGGGAGCACUGCCAGUGAGAUGGAGAAGAAGUCAUCCAGACGGAAAAAGGAGAGUUCAGGUCAAAGUGUGGUUUCAGAACCGAAGGAUGAAGUGGAAGCGCGUGAAAGGGGGUCAACCUAUCUCCCCCAGUGGACAGGACCCCGAGGAUGGGGACUCUGCUGCCUCCCCAAGUUCAGAGUGAGAUUCUCCAUGGAGAAAGAAAGACUGACUGAGACCCGUACCCAGCUCCCCUCAUCCCAAUCCUCACCCCAAUCCCGCCUUUACCUUCUCCCAUCCCUACCCCCCCAGAGCAGCCUCUCCACAUCUCUCAAUGACUCUUCAACACAAAGCAGUCUGGCAUCUCUGGGAGCCAUGAAGUUUCCCAGAAAGUUCUAUCCAGCUUUGCUCUGUCUUAGCAGUCUCUUCCCCAAGGCGUCUGCUUCCCGUAGCUCUCAUAGCAUCAUACAGCAGCCAGACUGGACCCAAGUGAAUCUGGGGAACAGCUCCAGGCAUACUGCUGCUUGGGGUCUCUCGGCUGCCACCCACCCAUCCUGCUACCACCUUCCUCCCACACCAGCCAGCCCCCCUCCAGGUCUAGACACCACCUGGCCUUUUGGGAGAGGACUCUUGGGACCAGCUAGUGACCUGUGGAAGCAAGUGCUCCAAAGGAAGGAGAUGACUAGAACCCCCACACCCCUGGAUCACCCUUCCUUUCUCGGCUCUGUAUCUGAGGCUCUGGGGAGCCUUCAGUUGUCCCAAGACCCCAGGGAGAACUAGUAUGAGGAGGAUUGAGGAUGGAAGGUCCUCAGCUGCUGCCAAUCAGAAACCCAGUCCUUAUCUUCCAAAGUUGUUGGCUGAGUGGGCAAGUUUAUAACCCUGGCUGGAGGAAGACUGUGGGAAAAACAGCCAGGGUCCCUAUAUGGACCCAUUCACACUGGCUUGACUGGGUGGCUGAGAACGGACCUCUUCUUUUCGAAGUCACUUCGGGGAUAUAGCUGGGUCUGCUGAGCCGCGCCCCUGAGCAAUGGACCAGCUGUUCCUUUAAAUCCACAGUUUUAGGAUUGAAAACCUAUCCAGAUGCUCACAUUAUUGAGCUGAGGGCUGGAAAGUGUCCCCUGUGUUCCAAGGAUGAAGAGAUCAUACUAAGCCCAGUGAAUGAGCGCCUAGAAAUGUGGAACCCUGGAGUGGAAGUAUCCUGUGUUUUCAAGGGACUCUCUCUGCAAAGGAGGACAAAAAAAAAAAAAAAAAAAUCUCUCUUUCUCUGUGGGAUGCAUCUGAGCCCUUCCAAUGUGUUCCACACUUGCUGUUAUGACAGGAGGAGCUGCUAAGUUUAUGUACAUGGACCGCCCAGAUCUUCUGGGGUGACACUCCAGGAAAGAUGGCCAAAUAGCCUGGGGUGACCAGAGCCUUGGAGAGAGACCCCCGCCCGCCUCAGUGCUCUGUUUCCCAACACCAGCUGGUGUUGCACAGAGGUCAGGAAGAGUUUGGAGCUCUUGUGUAUAGAUUUAAUCAUUCACAUUGUAAAAAGAACCCCACCUCCCCAUCCCGAAAGGACAAACGCUCUGGAAAAUGAUUGCCAAAUGAGAUGGCUGGUUAGAGCAUGUGUAAUUUUUUUCUAAAGCGUAUUUCAUAUAUUUUCUUAAGAUUACAUCAAGUUAACUGUGCAAGAUUAAGUCACUUAGUAAGAAAACUCUUGGAGAAAUAAAAUCAAUAAAAAGCAA